GAUGGCGGCAGCGGCAGCAGCUGGUACGGCCUCGGGGCUGCCGGGUCCGGUCGCACAGGGGCUGAAGGAGGCGUUGGUGGAUACGCUCACCGGGAUCCUGUCCCCGGUGCAGGAGGUGCGGGCGGCCGCGGAGGAACAGAUCAAGGUGCUGGAGGUGACGGAGGAAUUUGGAGUUCACUUGGCAGAGCUGACCGUAGAUCCCCAGGGGGCACUGGCAAUUCGUCAGCUGGCAUCAGUCAUCUUGAAGCAGUAUGUGGAGACUCACUGGUGUGCCCAAUCAGAGAAAUUUAGGCCUCCUGAAACUACAGAAAGGGCAAAAAUUGUUAUCCGGGAGCUCUUGCCCAAUGGGUUGAGAGAAUCAAUAAGCAAAGUGCGCUCCAGUGUGGCCUAUGCAGUGUCAGCCAUUGCCCACUGGGACUGGCCUGAAGCCUGGCCCCAGCUCUUCAACCUGCUCAUGGAGAUGUUGGUGAGCGGAGACUUAAAUGCUGUCCAUGGAGCCAUGCGAGUGCUGACAGAGUUCACCCGAGAAGUAACAGACACACAGAUGCCACUUGUUGCUCCUGUCAUUCUUCCAGAGAUGUAUAAGAUCUUCACUAUGGCUGAGGUGUAUGGUAUUCGAACUCGUUCUCGAGCUGUGGAGAUUUUUACCACUUGUGCCCAUAUGAUCUGUAACAUGGAGGAGCUGGAAAAGGUGAGUGAGCCUUCCAGUGAAAAUCAAACUGCAUGCUUACAUCUUCCUCCCUCAACCAAGCCUUCAAAUGUAAUAAUUAGCAAGUUUACAGUGUAGCUUAUUUCCAGCAUGCAUUCAUUUCACUAUCAUAUCGUUAAUUUCUUCUUUUAUGUAUUUGCUAUAGGUGAAGUCCUGGGCUUUGAAAAUCUCGUCUUUAGUAUUUUUGAAUUUGUCCAUGCCCUACUAGAAAAUAGCAAAUUCAAAAGCACUGUUAAGAAAGCCUUGCCUGAGUUGAUUUACUAUAUUAUCCUGUACAUGCAGAUCACUGAGGAGCAGAUUAAAGUAUGGACUGCCAACCCUCAACAGUUUGUAGAAGAUGAGGACGAUGAUACUUUCUCCUACACUGUUAGGAUUGCAGCUCAAGACCUGUUGUUGGCUGUGGCCACGGAUUUUCAGAAUGAGAGUGCAGUGGCCCUGGCUGCUGCUGGCACUCGGCAUUUACAAGAAGCAGAACAAACCAAAACCAGUGGUGCUGAGCACUGGUGGAAGAUCCAUGAGGCCUGCAUGCUCGCCCUAGGCUCAGUGAAGUCCAUCAUCACGGACAGUGUGAAGAACGGCAGGAUCCAGUUCGACAUGCAUGGCUUCCUGACCAAUGUCAUCCUUACAGACCUCAACCUCUCUGUGUCUCCUUUCCUCUUGGGUCGAGCACUUUGGGCUGCCAGUCGCUUCACUGUUGCUAUGUCCCCUGAACUGAUCCAGCAGUUCCUGCAGGCGACAGUUAGUGGUCUUCAUGAGUCACAACCACCAUCAGUUCGAAUUUCUGCUGUGCGAGCCAUCUGGGGUUAUUGUGAUCAACUGAAAGUCUCAGAAAGCACCCAUGUGCUUCAGCCCUUCCUCCCCAGCAUCCUUGAUGGCCUAAUUCAUCUCGCAGCCCAGUUCAGCUCAGAGGUCCUCAACCUCGUUAUGGAGACCCUGUGCAUCGUUUGUACUGUAGACCCAGAAUUCACAGCAAACAUGGAAAGCAAAAUCUGCCCCUUUACCAUCGCCAUUUUCCUCAAGUACAGUAAUGAUCCUGUCGUUGCCUCACUGGCUCAAGACAUCUUCAAGGAGCUGUCUCAGAUCGAAGCUUGUCAAGGCCCCAUGCAGAUGCGGCUCAUUCCCACCCUCGUCAGCAUCAUGCAGGCCCCAGCAGACAAGAUUCCUGCGGGGCUGUGUGCGACAGCCAUUGAUAUCCUGACUACAGUAGUACGGAAUACAAAACCUCCCCUUUCCCAGCUUCUCAUCUGUCAAGCGUUCCCUGCCGUGGCACAGUGCACCCUUCACACAGACGAUAACGCCACCAUGCAGAAUGGUGGAGAGUGCUUGCGGGCCUAUGUGUCAGUGACACUGGAACAGGUAGCCCAGUGGCAUGACGAACAAGGUCACAACGGACUGUGGUAUGUGAUGCAAGUGGUGAGCCAGCUUCUAGACCCCCGUACCUCAGAGUUCACCGCAGCCUUUGUGGGCCGCCUCGUCUCCACCCUUAUCUCCAAGGCAGGACGGGAGCUUGGGGAAAAUCUGGACCAGAUUCUUCGUGCCAUCCUCAGUAAGAUGCAGCAGGCAGAGACCCUCAGUGUCAUGCAGUCUCUGAUCAUGGUAUUUGCACAUCUGGUGCACACUCAGCUAGAACCUCUCUUGGAGUUCCUGUGUAGCCUCCCUGGACCUACUGGUAAACCUGCCCUGGAGUUUGUGAUGGCUGAGUGGACAAGCCGACAACACCUGUUCUAUGGACAGUAUGAAGGCAAAGUUAGCUCGGUGGCGCUGUGUAAACUGCUCCAGCAUGGCAUCAAUGCAGAUGACAAACGGCUACAGGAUAUCCGUGUGAAGGGAGAAGAAAUCUACAACAUGGAUGAGGGCAUCCGUACCCGCUCAAAGUCAACCAAAAACCCAGAGCGCUGGACAAACAUUCCUUUGCUGGUCAAGAUCCUGAAGCUGAUUAUCAACGAGCUGUCCAACGUCAUGGAGGCGAAUGCGGCUCGCCAAGCUACCCCUGCAGAGUGGAAUCAAGAUGACUCCAAUGAUAUGUGGGAGGACCAGGAGGAGGAAGAGGAGGAAGAAGAGGAUGGUUUAGCUGGCCAGCUUUUAUCUGACAUUCUUGCUACAAGUAAAUAUGAGGAGGAUUACUACGAAGAUGAUGAGGAAGAUGACCCUGAUGCUCUGAAGGAUCCUCUCUAUCAGAUUGACCUGCAGGCCUAUCUCACAGACUUCCUCUGCCAGUUUGCUCAGCAGCCCUGCUACGUAAUGUUCUCGGGCCACCUUAAUGACAACGAGAGGCGGGUUCUACAGACCAUUGGCAUCUAAAGGGGGUGUCUUCCCACCUGUGCUUCCCCUUUGGGCCCAACCAUGGACCAUUCUGCAGUCCUCUGACCAAGAGAUGCUCUUCCCAGCCUAGAGUGGCUUUCUGGAGUGACGUUGACCAACUCCCGAGACCAUGAUCACCAGUGCUGGCACUUAGGAAUGACAGAACAAAGGACAUUUCUCAGCAUCCCUGUGAAGAUCCCCAAUUUCUGGAACCUUCUUUCUCCCCAUCUCUAUUCCUAGUGUUUUCUGCUGGUCAGUCCAGAAACAUCUAUACCCAAAAGGAUUAUGGGUUCAUGGAUUAUUUUGCCCCACCCCAGGAGCACAGGAAAUCACGACCAUUUUUAUCCUAAAACAUACUGUCUACUUUCAUAGGACAUCUGAUAUAAUCAGAUGAGAAUUCCCUCCAGAGAUCAUCGUGCUGUCUGCCCUCAACCACUCAUCAGUGGCCUGGGUUCUCAGUGGGAACAAGUGAGCGCAGCACCAUGCUCAGCCCUUUCCAGUGCCCGCCUUCCUGUCCUGCAACACUAAGACUCUUCUGUCAAAGGAAGUUAUCUUGGUUCCGCUUCAUUGCAUGACAGAGCCUUCCCCCAGGCUGUUCCUAUAUAUACCUGCAUACACAAAACAAGCCAGACAGAUGGCGAUUUGUUUUUCCUUUUUUAGAAAAAUGGAAAAAGAAAAAAAUGAAGUUUUUAAAAAUCCACCUGACCUAACUAUAUUUAAUAGCCUCUCAUAUGUUACCACAGAAUCUGGUAUUCAGAGGCUGUCCCCUGACCCUCAAUGAGCCUCUAAAGUGGUUAAGUUGUAGCCCUCAAAUUUGCAACCUGUAUUUUUCUAGGACAGUAAAGUAAUCUUUACAAAUGAAUUUAGUCUGCAUGGUAUAAGGUAUCUUAAUACCUCUGCCUUUGAUUGCCUUUAGAAAUAAAGUAAAAUAGAGGAGGAAAAAGGACUGGGUAGUGCCUGUUUAGGCUUUCUAAAUGCAAUCUGGCAAACUUAGCUCAAAGUAAUUCUUGUUGGAUUGAUGUUCCAUCAGAUAUGCUUAAGGAGCCUAGGGCUGUAGCUGAGUGGAGGAUGCCUGCCUAGCCUGUGCAGGACCCUGGCUUGAAUCCCCAGCACUACCAAGAAAAGUUGUAAGGGUGCUGUCACAUCUCUCAAUUAGGUUUAGCCUGUUACCGGUUCCUUAAAACCUAACUAGGAAUUAAAAAAAAAAAAAAAGUGAGAGGAAAGUAAAACCACCUUAUUCACAUGUAGUGGCCCAUUUUUAAUAGCCACAGAUUUUUUCUUUAGCAUAGUGGUGUUACAGGAAGGAAUGGCAUGGGAAGUAGACUUGGAUCUGUUAAGGAGAGGGUCUCACUGUGGGGUGUUUACUCUGUAGAACUUUGUGGGAGCCUGAGGGUUUUAUAGCUGGAAAUGACUUCAUGCCACUAGAUGUCCCUACUGUUCGGUCUCCAUGGUAAGUUGGAAGUGGUUCAGUUAAUAAUGUUCACAUGUGGAUAUCUUCCCAGCUGACUGCAGCCAGCCAGAUCCUGAAGCUAAUACUUCCUCUGUCCCAGAUGUUUAGGAGUGACUGAGAGAAAACGAUGGCAGAUCUGGCCAAGUGGAACCCAGAAAAAAAAAAACAGUGUGAUGCUUCACUCCAUAGUUGACCUCAAGGCAGUACCAGUUGGGUUUGGUGCUAAAGGCAGUAGUCUGUUCACAAGGCUAAGUUGGCC